GCUGUUUGUUUAAAUGUAUUAUGUUGUUCUUUUCCUUCUAUUACAGCAAAUAAUUGAUGAUUGAUGAAUCUGUCAGUAGACAUAUAUAUCAGAUAAAAUGCAAAUACACUUGCUUCUGACAGCUGCAUAGAACACCAGACACCAAUCUUGGCACGUGAAAUCUCAUCAAACGAUUGAGGCAUCAUUAAAUGCAUGAGCUUGGCCUGCAUCAUGACUAAUGCCAUGCCCAUCAACAGAACAUCCUCCAUCUCUGACGACACCCUGGAGAUGAUCACUAGCCCAUACCUCACAGUGGUCUUGCCUGUCAUUUAUCUGCUGGUCUUCAUCAUCAGCACACCCUGCAACGUCAUCUCACUCUGGCUGCUUUGCUUCCACACCAAAUGUAACAACCCAAUGAUAAUAUUCGCCAUCAACCUUUCUUUGACAGAUCUUUUGUACAGUAUCUUUCUUCCCUUCCAAAUUAUCUACCACCUUAAAGGCAAUGACUGGCCAUUUGGGAAUGUCAUGUGUAGUGUAUCCACUGCUGCUUUCUAUGGGAAUAUGAAUUGCUCGAUUUUGACUUCCUGUGCAAUCAGUCUGGAACGCUACUGUGGGAUUGUAAAGCCCCUGCGCACCAAACACUGGAGGACCGCAAGAAAAGCUUCCAUUGUGUGUAUUUUAAUAUGGAUGUUUGUCCUAACAUUACACAUCCCUAUACUAUCUCAUGAUCUGACAUUUCCUGUCAACCAGUUAAACAUCACAACGUGUUUUGAUAUCCUCCCUAAAACUUUGUUCCCUCAAAAAAUAUUUGGCUAUCUGUAUUUUGGCGCAGUAUUUCUUUUCUUUUUCUUCCUGCCAUUGAUUAUUUUCAUAAUUUGCUACUCCUCCAUCAUUAAAACGCUCAUAAGUUCCCAGGAUAUUGACACCAAGCAAUCCAAGGAGAAAACAUUGUACCUUAUUGUGGUUUUGGUUCUUUGCUUCAUUGCCUGUUACUUGCCCAACAUGUUCCUUCAAGUCCUUCACAUGAUUUACAAAUAUAAGGGCCAAAGCUUGUACAUCUAUUACAAACUGACACUAGGCAUCAACAGCCUGAACUGCUGCUUCGAUCCCUUUGUGUACUACUUUGCUUCCAGGGAAUUCCGAGGGAAGCUACAACAAAAACUCUGCUGCAAGUUCAAUGGGCCCGAAGAACAAACCACAUCCAAUUUGUCAGACCAAGCAAGUGCCCCAUUAACGAGCCAUAAAACUGCCAACAAAACGUCUUUGUGAAAAAAAAACGGGCAUUCAAAGAUUUAUUAUAUGUUAUUUAUUCGACAAAACCAACAAGCUGUGGCAAAAUAAACCCCUGAACAGUGAGCAGAUUGCAAUCCUUUCCAUGAGAAAGAGGCAGAGUAACAAGUUUGUGCUAUUCAGGUCCCUCCCUGUCUUAGCAUGAAGAAUUUGGGACUAAGUGGGACUGGACUCUCCUUUCCUUGUCAUGCCAAAGGAUCCCCAAGUGCUUUAUGUGUUCAAGAGGACCCACAUGAAUAGCACCCAAAUGGGUGACACAGAGCAACCAACAUAUGUUAAAUAGGUGGCACCAGAAUUUGCAGACCAAUGUACCAUUGUGAGUAACCAGAAACACCCUGCUAUGGCAGCUACUGUCUUCUGGAUGGGACAAUCAGCCAAGCUCCUGACCUCUUGGUCAAUAAAGAUCCGAAGGCACCUUUUGUAAGAGUAGGGGUGUUGUUCUGUCUAUAUUUUGCCUUGGGUUUUCAUUGUCUAAACUUGCCCUUUAACUUGAUCAAGUGUGUCACUUCCUUACUACAGCAUGUAAAGCAGUUUGCGAAUUUUUCGGGGAAACCACUUUUCAAAUGCAAAAUGUAUUAUUAUCCAUCCAAACCAUCUAUCCAUUUUUACUAACCAUUUAGUCCUAUGAAGAAGAUUAUUUUGAUCAUAUCCAGUUCAUUGAUUAAGGUGUUGCUGUAUUUCAGUCCUGCUUUGCCUUUAAUACCGACUAGUGAUGCUUUACUGUAUGAGAACAGAGUACUAAUUUAGUAUAGAUUAUCUGAGGGGUGGUCAGCAUUGGCAUUUUAAUUCCAAAGCCAUUCUAUACUAUAUUUGGAAAUUGAACUUUCCAGAAAAUGUGUUAUUGAACGGCUUAUUAGCUGCUUAGCUGCAAUGGAGUAGAAAUGAUACAAGGGUGAGUAACACUGGAAAGACAGAGGAAGGAAGCAACCAAAUGUUUGUGUGUCUGGCUUGCUUAGUAAAGUAAGAAACUACACUCAAAUUGAAAAUGAAGCCAUAGGAACUGUUUGAUUUGGUGCAAAUCAACAGUUAUCUAUAUGGCAGAAAGUUCAAACUGGUAAAAGAUCAGAGACAUUCAGUAGGGUGUUGAAUCAGAGAUAUUUCCUUUGGCGGCACAGUACAGACAUGCUGUUAGUAGCAUAUGAGUACACAAUGUAAUACUGAUCCAGACAGUUGCUGCAGUGUUGAACAAGGCUAAAGAUUUGGCACCAAGGCAAUGGGCCUUCUGAUCACUGGGUUGAUGAUAAACUGCAACCUUACAGACAGAUGGAAAUAUCUGUCUGAAAAUGAAUAUUUGUUAUAGUAUCUGAGAGAGAUAUCCAUUGAGAGCUACAGUUUAUACUACUUACUGAACAACACGAGGAGUAUUUAGAUAUUAGGAAAAUAAAAGCUAUAGCUCCCAGUCAUUGUUUGCAGCCAGGUCUGGUAAAGAAAAGUGAAGCUGUGAUCAGUAGUGAGAUUUGUAUAACAAAUUUGAAUUUGACAGAGAAAUCAUUACUGCAUAUCUGAAGAUAUCUGGGCAAAAAUCUGUAGCUGUGCAUUCACACUGAUUUCUGUGAAAAGGGAGGACUUUGAUAUUUGCUUAGUGGGGAUUGUGCUGGUCGAGAGUGGUUCCAAGAAGGAAUGUGACAGUAGAGAAAACUAUUGGAGUGCUGCAGAACUUGUUCAUUUGGGUUAGUAAAGCUUGUAUCAGACAACAGACAAUGGCAUGGCUAUCAGUUUACCUAAGGAGAAUCUGGGGAAUUUUUUAAGCUUAUACUCAGAUACACAAAAUAAACUCUGUAUCAGCACAAAUUGAUGUGUGCUGCAGAGAUUUGCAUUAAAAAAAACUUUUAACAAGUGCUUUGAACAAGGGAAAAGGAUCUUCAUGCACUUCAGCCCUCCAGGUGGCUGGGUUUCUGUUCAGAUAAAGCCAGACAGAUGUGUGCUGCAUAGUUCUUUUCAAGGCACGACAUCUUGAGCAAGACGAGAGAAAAAAAACAAAUUUAGACUGAGUCACCAAAAUCAUGGAGGAUGUUUUGACACCAGCAGAAGAUACUUGUAAGAUACAGGAGAGGGAAGAGAGAUAAAUGGGUGCUAGACAUAGUUAUGAAAUGAUGAGUUCCUGUUACCUUCUGAGAGUUAUGAGAAAGUGAUCAAAUGAUGUAUAAACCAGCCACUAGCAAUUGAUGCAGAGGGAUUAGAUGAUAUAGGUUCUGACCUAAAUUCUAGUACUACUAAGUAGACUAAUAAGGAACAUGAUGCCAGCCACAAUGUGGAAGAUGAAGAGCAGUUGCAGGUAGACAACAGCUAUGAAGAAAACCUCUAGAAAGUCUGUGAACAUCAUACACAUGGCCAAAAAAAGAAACUGAAAGUCUGGCUGAAGAUAGGCCAAAAAUAUAAAUGAUUUAAAAAAGGUGUUUAAAAGAACAAUGGAAGAGUCAGAGCUUCAAAUUCGUAACCUACACAUGGAUUGCUUAGAUAUUGUAAUACUAAUAACUAUAGCUGUAGGGCAUUAUGUUCCAGGAACAUAGUGAUCACAUCCCUGAUUGCAUAAAAAGGCGCUACUUGCCUUGAGCCUUUGAUUUUGGUAAAACACCAUCAGAUCUAAAAGGUAUAAAUACCUUUAACCAAAGGCAGAAUACUCUAUCCCUCUCACUGAUGUGUUUUUUCACACAAGAUGUAUGUUAUUUAACUUGAUGAUAUUGCUGACGCUGUUCUGUGUUUAUGUUUUUGGCAUUUCCUUAAUGCCCCUGUAUUAGGGCAUACAUGCAAAUAAGUAUUUCAUUGCACUUGUGCAUAUGACAACAAACUGAACCGAACUGAAUAGUGGAAUUGAGAGAUUGUAAGCAUCAGGCGCUCUGCUACUGUAGAGGUUUCUCUGUUUGUCAUGAGUGCAUAAUAAAAAUGUGUUCUUUUCAAAA